AUGGCGGACCAAGAAAUCGCAUCCGCAGCCAAGUUCCGGUACCGGAGACUGCGGCACAGCGACGAAUUGGAAUCGGCGUUUGCGAGAUCCAGACUAGGAGAACAGAGGAGGUUUGGAGGUUUCAGAAUGCGAAGGGCUUCGAUCGGGAGGAGGUUGAAGAAGCUCAGAAUCCCUAGCCUCCGAAAGCUUUUCAGGAAAUCGCGGCUGGUGAAUGCCAUGGGAGGCUCCAUUUCCAAGGUUCUGAAGCGAUUCAGAGAUGGCGAAGCGUAUUUGGGAGAUCUUUUCGCCGGAAAUUACUUGUUUCUUCAGAUCAAUCCAAGCUCCAUCAAAUGCCUUCCGAACCACCAUCAGUAUCCCCUUCAAAGUUUCCCCCCAACUUUCUCCCUCCCAGCUUUACCUAAUUACUAA